AUGAUGGAGUCUCCACCGUCAGAUAAUCUGGAUUUUUUUUCGACAGUAUUGUUUUUAUUUAUAUAUAUGGUAUUUCCAAUUGCCAUUACAGUAAUCUUUAUUUAUAAACUUUGCAUAGAUCUUAGUCAGCAACCUCCUACGGAAAUAGCUCGUGAGACACACCAAAAUUCUCAUCCACCACCUGAUCAGCUUCAACAAGACAUUGAGACUGGACAUGUAACGCUGCCUCAGCCUCAACAAAACAUUGCAGUCGGAUAUAUGACAUGGAUCCAUGAAACGACAAUUUUAGAGUUUAAAGAUAUAAAAGAAGGAUCCAAUAAGAUUUUUUGUCCAAUAUGUCUUGAAGAGUUUGAAGAUGGCCAUGAGAUAAUUCGUAUAAAUAUGUGUAGACAUGUUUUUCAUCGUUUUUGUAUUGAUCCUUGGCUCAAUCAGAAUCUAACCUGCCCGAAUUGUCGAUGCUCCCUUACUGCAAGAAAGAGGAAAGAGGGUGAGUAG